AUGGCCCGUGAUAGCAUUGUGAUUCUAGGGCAAGUCCUGGCCGGUAUUAUCGGGCUCAAUGUUGCCCUCGAGCUGGCCAAACGUGGCUAUGGACAGCAUAUCACAGUCAUUGGGAGAGAACUGCCAGGAGACUCGAAUGUGGACUAUACAUCACCAUGGGCCGGCGCAAACUUCUCUGGAAUCUCUGGCACUGACCCCAAUGCUCUGCGCUGGGAUAGAGCUGGAUAUCUGGCUCUCAUGGGUUUAAUCGAGCGAGGUGCUGAGGAAGCCAAGUUCCUGGCCAAAACAGAGUCGACCGAGUAUUGGGAUGAGCAGCCGUCGGCUGAGAAGAUUAAGAGCGUGACUGAGUAUCUACGAGACGUGAAAGUCACUCCCGAGGCAGACCUUCCCGGUGGCGUCUCAUUUGGCUUGAGCUUCACGACCAUCACUCUCAAUGCACCAGCCCAUUGCCUGCACCUGAAGUCGCUUCUCUCACGUCCCGAAUACGGAUCCAUCAAGUUUGAGAGGAGGGCAGUAAAUGCAUUGGAAGACGCAUUUCUGUCUCCGAAAACCAAGAUCGUGUUCAAUUGCAUCGGGAACGCGGCAAAGACAAUGCCUGGGGUCCAGGAUGCCAAGUGCUAUCCAACAAGAGGGCAGAUUGUUCUUGCGAAGGCGCCUGCUGUCAAACAGAACGUGAUGCGGCAUGGAAAGGAUUACGAGACGUAUAUUAUUCCCCGUCCGUUGUCAGAUUCGACGGUCAUUCUCGGUGGCUAUCUGCAAAAAGGGGAUUCUGACGGCCGCGUCAGAGAAGAAGAGAGUCGGUCAAUUCUACGCAGAACGGGAGAGCUGCUGCCUGUGCUCAAGCAGAACGAUACGAGGAUUCUCAAGGUGGCAGUUGGGUUCCGGCCUUCACGAGAGACCGGCGCUCGCGUGGAGAGGGAGGAGAUUCAAGGGCGAACUGUGGUGCAUAACUAUGGGGCUGGGGGAACCGGAUACCAGGCAGGGAUGGGAAUGGCACAGGAUGCAGUGGACUUGGCACAAGAAGUUCUUGGACAACUGCCAGUAAGCAAGUUGUGA